AUGAAUAUAGACCCAGACGAAGAUCCCGAACAAGCAUUAAUGAAAGCUAUGGGAAUAGCAGGAUUUAACACUACUAAAGGCAAAAAAGUUGUGGGUAAUGACGCUGCUGCGGUUAGCAUUAAAAAACAAAGACAAUAUCGUCAAUACAUGAAUCGACGUGGAGGAUUUAAUAGGUGA